AUGGCUGAGCCCCAGUUUGAAACUGUUGGGAAGGCUUUUGUAGCCCAUUAUUACCAGGCAUUCGAUACCAACAGAGCUGGAUUGGGCAGCUUGUAUCAGGAUCAGUCGAUGUUGUCGUGGGAGGGAGAGAAGAUUCAAGGACAGGCCAAUAUUCUGAACAAGCUCACGUCUCUGCCCUUCCAGCAAGUCGCUCACCAGGUCACCAGCAUGGACUCUCACCCGACCGCAGGCGAUGGUGUUCUGGUACAUGUUUGCGGCAACCUCAAAGUAGAAGGGGAGGCAGAAGAUCGUCCUCCUCUCAAGUAUAGCCAGACCUUCGUCCUCAUGCCCCUCCCAGGAGGUGGGGGAUUCUGGGUCCUCAACGACAUCUUUCGACUCAACUACGGAUAA